AUGGUCUCUGCAGGCUCGCUGAAAGCCGCCGCGCUCCUUUCGCUCGCCACCUCAGGAGUGCUGGGUCGCAGUGUCUUAUCAGAGUAUCGCAGAGACACAGCACCAUCAGAGUUCAAGCUCGCGGGACCAGCUAUCCCCGAUACGCCGCUGACCCUUAAGAUCGCCUUGACGCAGAGCAACCCUUCAGGGCUUGAAAAUGUUCUCUACGAUGUCAGCACGCCGUCGAGCCCAAACUAUGGUAAACAUCUAAGCAAGGCAGAGGCGGCGGCAUACGUUGCACCGACAUCUGAGACAGCGUCCACUGUCAACUCGUGGUUCCAGCAGAACGAGAUCAACUUUACAAACCUCACUCCGGCUGGUGACUGGAUUAGCAUCCAGACUACUGUGGGACACGCGAACGAGCUGUUCGGCGCAAACUACAACGUUUAUGUCCAUGGCACAACUGGGAAGCAGGUUCUUCGGACGUUGGAAUACUCUGUUCCUGAGGAACUCACGAGUCAUGUUACUGUCGUCCAUCCUACUGUCAUGUUCCCGAAGUUCUCAGCCCUAUCACCCGCCUUCGCUACUCAGCAGAAGGAGCGGCAGCAAGCCCCCGCGGACAAUCUUAUCGCCGCCGCCUGUGGCAGCACUGUUACGCCCGCAUGCCUGCAAUCUCUGUAUGGCAUUCCCGCCACCCCCGCCACCGAACCGUCUAAUACGCUCGGUGUCACUGGAUACUUCGACGAAUGGGCCAACAAGGCCGAUUUGGAGAGCUUCUUGAGCCAGUACCGUACUGACAUGUCCCCUUCGACCACGUAUUCGCUCGAGGCGCUCGACGGUGGAUCUGACCCACAGGACAUAGACGAGGCGGGUUCUGAGGCUGACCUGGACAUUCAGUACACAGUCGGUAUCGCGACCGACGUACCGGUGAUUUUCAUCUCGGUCGGCGAGUCCAACAACGAUGGGGACCUUGAUGGCUCGCUAGAUACCAUCAUCUAUCUGCUUAACCAGGAUUCGCCACCUCAGGUGAUCACGACGAGCUACGGAGACUGGGAAACCGACGUUGAUCAAGGAAUGGCAGUUAACUUGUGCAACGCGUACGCUCAGCUGGGUGCUCGCGGUGUGUCCAUCAUGUUCGCAUCCGGUGACGGCGGCGUGUCCGGGAUACAAAGCAUAUCUUGCACCACAUUCGUCCCCGAUUUCCCUGCUGGAUGCCCAUACAUCACGUCCGUGGGCGGAACCACGGGAACCAACCCAGAGACCGGCGUCUACUUCUCGGGCGGCGGUUUCUCCAACUACUGGGCGCGACCCUUCUACCAAUCCACCGCCGUCCCCGAGUACUUGGAGUAUCUCGGCGCUACCUACGCUGGUCUCUACAACGCGUAUGGCCGCGGCUUCCCCGACGUCGCCGCCCAGGCAGUGCACUUCGCGAUCGUCACUAACGGCAGCACUGUGUCUGCCAGCGGGACGAGCUGUGCUAGCCCGACUUUCGCGUCUGUCAUCUCGCUCCUGAACGACGAGCUCAUCGCGGCUGGAAGGCCUCCGCUUGGGCUCCUCAAUCCGUGGCUGUACGCGGUCGCGGCGUUCGCACUCACGGAUGUUACGUCGGGGAAUAAUCCGGGCUGCAACACCACUGGCUUCUCGGCUACGACAGGCUGGGACCCGGUUACGGGACUGGGAACCCCUAUAUACCCCAAGCUCAAGACAGCGGCAGGGCUGUGA